AUGGACAACCAAGUCCUCUUACCCCUACCUGCCACCUACCCCCGGUACACCGAUCCGGAGGUACAGGAACGCAAAUCUAGAUUUGCUGACCUAAAGGAGUACCUCAUGUCUGAGGUAAAUCCUGAGCUUUGCUCGUAUCCUCUCGCUGGCUUCACCUUCAUGACCGGCUACAUAGAUGCCGUCACCUUUUCCGCCGUCGGGCUCUGGUGCGGCUACCAGACGGGCAACUCCGCCCAGCUCGCCAUCGCGAUCGCCAGGCUCUUCCAGGUGCAGCCCGAUGGAUCGUACGAUUUGACAUUCCAUAUGCACGAUCGCCUCGCGCUCGCGUCCCUCAUCACUUUCUGUCUCGGGGCCAUCGUCGGCCGCAUGGGCGACAAGCUCGGACCCAAGACUCGUCUCUGGCUCAUGCUCGGCACGUUCAUACAGGGCCUGAUGACGAUGGCCGCUGCCAUUGCUAUCUGGAAGAGCGGGCAGCCCAGCUUCGAAGGCGUCAACGGUGCUCCGGCUUGGACGAACCCCGCUGCCUUCGUCAGCGUCGGUUUCAUGAGCGCGAGUUUUGGUCUACAAGGCAUUAUGGCAAAACGCCUCAACACGUCGUUCACGACUACCCUGGUCCUUACGACAGCAUGGUGCGAACUGGUCGCCGAUCCUAAGCAUCGGCGCACCGUAUUCGUUAAGAAGAUAUCUGCGAUCGUAUCCCUCCUCAUCGGCGUGUUCGUCGGGCGCUCGAUCCUUCAAGUCACCGACGCCUCCGUGACCCUUGGCAUCGGGUGUGGCGUAAGGGUAUUCUUCGCUCUGGUGUGGUUCUUCGCGCCCGCCAAGCGACUCCCAUCCAAAUUCACUCCCCGCAAGCGUCCGGACCCUCCUCCGGCGCUCAAGCCACUGACGCUCAACGCGUCUGCCGCCAUCCAAACCGAGAAGAUCCCGCCCGUGGUCGAGCAAACGCGCACGUCCUACAUCCCGUUCCCGUCGGAAAAACCCGCGGUCUUCUUCGAGCCGCCCUACACCCCGCCGCAGUCGCCCCGCGACCGCCGCCCCAGCCGCCCGCGCAAGCGCACCCUCUCCAGGGUCAUCGUAAACUGGUGGAACAACUGGUCCGGCCGCGGCACACGCUCGCGCCAGUCAUCUUUCCGAUCCCUGCGCAGGGACUAGCGCCCCGAGCUCGGACACUUCUUUCCUCGGCGCCUACAUGAGCGAGCCUCCGCUGCGCCCUAAGGCGAUACCGAAAAUGUAUAGGGACUUCUCUGUCGUCCACUUCCUUCUCUUGAACUCCGCAUUCGUAUUUAUUUGUAGAACGGAACGCUCCCAUGCUACGCAGCCUGCGUUCCAGGUCUCUCUGACCU